AUGGUAUCCGAGUUGAUUGGCGAUAGGUGCAUCGAUUCAAAAGAGUUUGGUGAGCUCAUUGAGAAACUUGGUCCUCAGACUCUCACAGAAAAGGAAGUGUUGGAGACACUCAGGGGAAUUUGUCCACAAAAUGGAAAGACUGUUGGCAGAAGAACCCUUGGACAUGCACUCAAAACGAAUAAUAAAGUACCCACUGCAAAAUUUGAUCGGUUUCUAAAGUCACUAGGGAUUCCAGAGGAACAAGAAAUGGUAGACAUUGAGGCGCUCGCAAAAGCUCUCGUUGCAUGUGCGCCGUGA